AUGGAUCAAGCUGGUAGUGAAGAUGAUAGGAAACUGGUGAUGCAAACACAACUCGGUGAAACUAUGCGAAGAACGAGACGUAAGCAGAAAGCACAUUGCUAUGGAAAUUCUUCUGGUUAUAGGAGAGAUAACAUAAAAACAGUUGCCCCAGCAGUGAGACAAAAUGCUACCUCUUCUGCUGCUACUGAAAGCGAAAAAAAUCCAAUAUGGUUUACAUUAGUCGCUUUACAGGAUCAGAAUACUGAUGCGCCAUUGCCUCAAACCCCCAGUCGUUACUUUAGGGUUAAGGAUAGCAUAUAUUACCUUGCAAUGAAACUGAAUCUUGAAAGCAAGAAUGAGGUGGAGUUAUACUUGAGGAGACUGCCUUUGGAUUCAUCAAUGUUGUUGUCUGACUUAUUAGGAAACUGGAUCGCUACAGCAAGUCCUCAAACAAUAACAACAAGGAUGGGAGCUUCAGGCGCUGAUUACAUGGUCCUUAAUAGAAGAAAGGAGAAAUGUCUUCAUUAA